CUCUACAAGGACGUCAUGAUGGACAAUCAGCCGCCCCUCACAUCACCGGAUGGAUCCAGUCAUGGGAACCCACCAGAGAGAUGUCCCCGUCCUCUGUAUUCCCGGGAUUCCACACAGGAAGGUCACACCAUCCCUCACACCAUCAUCAGAGUGGAAUCCUCGGGGAUGAUAAAAUUGAUGUUAAAGAAGAGAUAUAAAGAGGAGGAUGAAGGUAUGUGGAGUGAUGGAGGAGUUUUCAGAAGGACACAAGGAUAUGAUGGAGCCACCUAAUACCAGGAACCCACCAGAGAGAUGUCCCCGUCCUCUGUAUUCCCGGGAUUCCACACAGGAAGGUCACACCAUCCCUCACCAUCAUCAGAGUGGAAACCUGAGAGAUCCUAAAGUUGAUGUGAAAAGAAGAGAUAAAAGAGGAGGAGGAUGAGGAUGGGGGGAUGGAGGAAUCUGUACCAGGACACCAUGGUGGAGUCAUCCAGCUACAGGAACCCACCAGAGAGAUGUCCCCGUCCUCUGUAUUCCCGGGAUUCCACACAGGAAGGUCACACCAUCCUUCAUUAUUGCAAGAGUGGAGAUCCAAUCGAUAUAGAAUUUGAGGUGAAAGCAGAAGAAGAAGAGGCGUAUGUGAGGGAUGAUCAGCAGUCUAUGGAGGAGGAUGGAAUAACGGGGACAUUUAUAGAGGAGGACACUCCUACAGAGAUCAGCACA